AUGGCCUUCAAUGCGGAAGGGGGCAGCUUCGGUCCUUCAAGAAGGACGCAUGAAUAUCGUGCAGAUCCAUAUUCCUUGGGUGCCAUCAGAGAAAGCGCCUUCAAUAUGGCGAGCCGGAUCUUCCGUUCUGUGGAGACAUGGAUUCGAUCUGAACCAAACUCUGACCCUUUGCCAUGGGCGGAUAGAGGCUCCGAUCCUGCGCUGGAUGGCUUGUUGAGGGCUCAGGCUUCGCCCUUUGGCAUUCGAAGUCGGAGCGACGACAAGGUCGACCAGGAAGAAUCUCAGCUGAAACGGCCUUCACCCUUGCAGGUAGAGGCUGGUGGCUUGAGAAUGGCCGGCGCUCCGCGUGGCCUUCCCUUUCGUCAUCCUGACACCCCUUGUCAAUCCUCUUUGACUGCAAGACCGGUACACCAUGAAAUCACCAAGGGCACUUUGCUGGGUCCUUUGGACGAGGUCUUGGCCAGGUACGUUCAAGACCGAACAGGAGGCAGUGAAGGGAUGCAUGUCUUCAACUUCAAUGCCAAAGAGCGCCUGGACUUCGAGGCCAAGAUUGGCCGGGACCUGGCGCGGCUGGCCAAGUCCUCGCGACCGGGUCGAAGUUCCGUCUUUGACACGGUGGUGUCAGCUCCACGGCCGGCGCUGGACGUUUGGUCUGCACCUCCUCGGGGCUUCUGCUUGGGUGGUGUCCGGCAAUGGCAUGCUGCCUUGCAGUUGCUUUGCAGCGGAAUAGCUUUGCGACAGAGGGCCAUCCCGCCAAUCGACUUGGGGGUGGAAGCAGAACAAGAAGCCCAUGAACGGUGGUGUGUGACCUAUCGCGACUUCAAGGUCUUUGUUCAGGAGGUGCAAGCUUUGUGGUUCCAAGGGCAACUGGGUCCAUCGGAUCAAUUACCGAAGGAUGAUGAGCACUGUGGUCCCAACCUUUACUUUGUCAAUGAGCACUAUGUGAAGCCAAUCACAUUGGAGGCGGGUGGCAUGAGUUACGCUUUGAUGAAGCAUCCAGAAGGACUUCCUUGCCAAGUCUUCAUCUCCCAUGCUUGGGCUGAAGGGAUCUUCGAGCUGGCCAAUCUUUUGCGCCAGGCAUGGCCACGGGGGCAUGGGCUCCACAAUUUGUACUUAUGCCUUUUGGCCAACCCGCAAAACAGCCUCUUCACUUGGUUAGAGAACCGACCGCUGCUGGAGACACCUUUUGCAAAAGCUUUGCAAGACGCUUCUCACGUGCUGAUCAUUCCCAACAAGCAAAUCAGCAUUUACUCUCGCUUGUGGUGUGUGUACGAAGCAUACUUAGGAACUCAAUUUCAGAAGACUUGCUCUUUGCCUACAAAGCCACCUCCAUUGGUCUUGCUUAAGGCGAUAUGGCCCACCGUCAUCAUGCCCUGCUGUUUUGGUCUUCUUUUGGGCUGUUUGUCCACAGUUCUGUCUUCUUUGCCUCUCAAGAAGAACUUUGAGCAACACAUUGAAAUUGGGAUGGCGUUGUGCUGCGCGCUGACGAUGCUUUCCGCUUUGACCUAUGCAGUGACAGGGCUGUGCGGCAAAGAAUGCCGUUUCUGGACCAGAUCCCAGGGCUUGCGUGCGAUGCACACCUUCUUGAUCCUGUGUGAUUCGGCCAUGGCAAUACCUUGGAUGCGACUACCGCAUAAGAACCUCUCCAACUGGGACAUCUUCCUACAUUUCUUUAUUCCAAUUGCAAUUCUGACCUUCAACAUCUGCCUCAUUGCGCAGCUGAAUCAAUAUUCUCUGGAGACCAAGGAGCUCACCUUGCGCGCUGGACAUUUGGACUUUCAAACGUUGGAUGACGCGACGUGCACCAGUCCAGCAGAUGAGGUCCGUAUCCGCGAGGCGAUUGCGGGCCACGAGGAAGAUGUGGACACGGCCAUCCGGGUUCUCAUGAAAGCCGGGGCCUACAACGAUUCUCUGCGGCGCUCGUUCGAGGCCGGCGCAGAUAUCAGCGGCUCAGCGACCAGAGACAUCUUUUUCAAGACAUUGCUGGUGGCCAUCCUUUGGUUUAUGUCAAUGUUGGACACCGGUGGGGCGGCCGAAGUUCAAAGCCAGUGCCCUGACCACUACUGGGCGAAGUGGCUCUGGAUUGCAGCUGGAAUCACAGCAAUCUCCACCGUGGCGCUGCCCUUUUUAAUUUGGAGACUGCAAGAAACAGGUCCACAACUUGCUCUCAAUGCGGUGAAGGCUUGGCUAUUCCUGGCCAUGCUGGUGGUUGGCAUACCCCUCACUAUGCAGAUCGAAAACCACAUGCUGAGUGGCAUGCACUUCCUGCACAUACACAGGCCCACCACUGGAGACCGCUGCCCAUCGCAUUGGGUGCUGAUCCUGUUGGCCAUUUUCCGGCCAUUCUUAGCGGGUGCAGCCACGUGCUAUGCCUGCUCUGCUCUUUGCUGUCACACAGCAGGUGACCGGAAGUGUCCCAUGACGAGGACACUCACCACGUCGGGCGAGGAGUCGACCGAGGAGUCGACCGAGGAGUCGACCAGCGAGUGA